CGGGAAGGGACAGGUCAGGCAGGGAAGGCUUGCGCGUGCUGCCUGCGCCACUGGGGCUCCGCCUGGACCAGCCACCCGGAGCCGAGAAGAAGUGUGUGGACUGCGCGGCCCUCCUCGAGGCAGUCGGCCUCGGGUCUCGGCCCUUGAGUCCACCCGGAGCUUCACCUGGGCCCCCACGGGCUGUGACAGGUGCGCGGAGGAGCGCCGCGCUGCGCGCUCUCCGCGGCCCGCCCCCUCCGGGCCUUGCCCGCCAGGGCUCGGGAUGAACUGCGGGCCCCAGCUGAGCGGCUCCUGGCGCCUAUCGCUGCCGCCGUCGCCGCCCAACAGCGGCCGCCGCCCCUGAGGGAAGGAGGGAGGGAAGCGGUAGCUGACCCUGGGCAUGAGCCGGACGCGGCGUCCGUUGCUGGACUAAGGCGCAGACAUGAACCUGCACCAGGUGCUGACCGGGGCUGUGAACCCUGGCGACCACUGCUUCUCCGUGGGCAGCGUCGGCGACCAGCGCUUCACGGCUUAUGCAUCUGGAUGUGACAUUGUUAUACUGGGAAGUGAUUUUGAAAGAUUACAAAUAAUCCCAGGAGCUAAACAUGGAAAUAUUCAAGUAGGAUGUGUAGACUGCUCAAUGCAACAAGGCAAGAUUGCAGCAUCCUAUGGAAAUGUUAUCUCUGUUUUUGAACCAGUUAACCUACCGAAGCAAAAGAAAAAUUUGGAAUUAUAUAGUCAGUGGCAGAAAAGUGGCCAAUUUUUUCUGGAAUCAAUAGCACACAACAUAACUUGGGAUCCUGCAGGCAAUCGUCUUUUAACUGGUUCUAGCUGUUUACAACUGUGGUCCAACGCUAACUUGGAGAAACCAUCUGAAGAUGAAAAUCCAGAUAAAACAGAUCUUAAUUUGGGGGACUGGAGAUGCAUUUGGCAUUGCAAAACUGCUUCCCAAAUUCAUUUAAUGAAAUUUUCACCAGAUGGAGAAUUUUUUGCCACUGCUGGGAAGGAUGACUGUCUUUUAAAGGUAUGGUAUAAUGUAGAAAACUGGCGGACAGCUGUUACCUCUCCGGAUAAAAGUUCAGAAAAACAAUCCCAAGGAGAAAUGGACUUUUCCUUUGUAUAUCUGGCCCAUCCUCGAGCUGUAAAUGGAUUUUCCUGGCGUAAAACAAGCAAAUACAUGCCUAGGGCUUCUGUAUGUAAUGUACUGUUGACUUGCUGCAAAGAUAAUGUAUGUCGUCUUUGGGUAGAGACAUUUUUACCAAAUGAUUGUUUGCUAUAUGGAGGUGACUGCAGCCAUUGGGCGGAACCAAUUAAUUUAACAAAUAACUUCAGAAGAAACGCUUCCAGUAAAGAACGAGUUCAACAUGCUUUAGAUGUAAAUCUGAGACAUUUUCGCAGAGGUCGGAGGAGAUCGCUUGCUGUUGUAGCGCAUACCGGAUACCUGCCACACCAGCAGGACCCUCAUCAUGUCCACAGAAAUGCUCCGCUGCAUGCCAACGCACUUUGCCACUUUCAUAUUGCUGCCAGCAUCAACCCAGCCACGGACAUUCCACUUCUUCCUUCUAUCACAUCUCUAAGUCUAAGUGAAAAUAAUGAGAAGAGUGGGCCUUUUGUGGUACACUGGCUGAACAAUAAAGAGUUGCAUUUUACUUUGUCCAUGGAAGUCUUUUUACAGCAACUCAGAAAAAGUUUUGAACAACCAUCUUCUGAGGCCAGUGUAGAAGACUCUAAUCAGGCAGAUGUAAAAUCUGAUGAAGAAAUGGAUGAUGGUGUGGAUGAUCUGAAAAUAAAUCAUGAAAAGAAGGAAUUGGGCAGUGAUAAAAUGGUACCAAAUUCAAGUUUUGUACCGUUACCAUCAGCUGCCAUUGAUCAUCAGAUUGAAGUACUUCUGUCUGAAUGGAGUAAAAAUGCAGACAUGCUCUUCAGUAUUCAUCCCGUGGAUGGCUCUUUGCUAGUUUGGCAUGUGGAUUGGCUGGACGAAUACCAGCCUGGUAUGUUUCGUCAAGUCCAGGUGUCCUUUGUUUCCAGAAUUCCUGUAGCUUUUCCCACAGGUGAUGCGAACUCUCUCUCUAAAAGCAUAGUGAUGUAUGCCUGCACCAAGAAUGUUGACUUGGCUAUUCAGCAAGGGAAACAGAAACCUUCUAGCCUCACACGGUCUACAUCAAUGCUUAUCUCUUCCGCCCACAGUAAAUCAACUAAUAGUUUAAAAUUAAGUAUUUUUACUCCUAAUGUUAUGAUGAUUUCAAAGCAUGCUGAUGGCUCUCUGAAUCAGUGGCUGGUCAGUUUUGCUGAAGAAUCUGCUUUUUCUACAGUUCUCAGUAUUUCUCACAAAUCCAGAUACUGUGGUCAUCGCUUUCAUCUUAAUGAUUUAGCUUGCCACUCCGUAUUACCAUUAUUGCUGACAACGUCACACCAUAAUGCACUAAGGACACCAGAUGUUGAUAAUCAAAAGCAACCUUGUGAUCCUGUAAAUACUGAAGAGUGUUCUUUGGCACAACAGAAUAAAAGCAGCAUUGAUGUGACAUUUCAGGAUCCCAAUGCAGUUUAUAGUGAGCUUAUUCUUUGGAGGGUUGAUCCGGUUGGGCCAUUGUCUUUUUCUGGAGGUGUUUCUGAGCUUGCCCGGAUUAAUUCUCUACAUGUUUCUGCAUUUUCCAAUGUGGCAUGGCUGCCCACCCUUAUACCCAGUUACUGUCUAGGUGCAUACUGCAACUCUCCUAGCGCAUGUUUUGUAGCAAGUGAUGGGCAGUAUCUGAGAUUAUAUGAGGCUGUUAUUGAUGCCAAGAAACUUCUGUAUGAGCUUUCUAAUCCUGAAAUUUCUAAAUAUGUUGGUGAAGUGUUUAACAUCGUAAGUCAGCAGUCAACAGCCAGGCCAGGAUGCAUUAUCGCAUUAGAUCCCAUUACCAAACUUCAAGGCAGAAAAACCCAGCUGCUUCAUGUUUUUCAAGAAGAUUUCAUUUUGAAUAACCUUGAGAAGAAAAGUCUGGUGGGAAAAGACAGAAUAUUACCUGAUGCAGGCAGCUCACAUAAUGGAUUUUCUGAGAAAUUCUACCUAAUUGUAAUAGAAUGUACCCAAGACAACCGUUCAUUGUUACACAUGUGGAAUUUACAUUUAAAGUCCAUUCCUGUCUCAUUGGAUGAAAAAAUAGAUACAAAAAUAUCUGAAGCAGUUUGGCAGCCGGAAGAACAUUAUUCUUCUUCUCCAGAGAAGAUCAUAUCUCCUUUUUCACAGAAGUAUCAAGCUUGCAGAGCAAAUCUCCAGAGCACCAGCAAGUUGACUCUGACUUCAGAAAUGGUUUAUAGCCAAGAGUUGCAUUUGCCAGAAGGAGUUGAGAUAAUAAGUGUUAAGCCAUCAGCAGGCCAUCUGAGUUCUUCUUCCAUAUAUCCUGUGUGCAGUGCUCCUUAUUUAUUGGCAACUUCAUGUUCGGAUGAGAAAGUAAGAUUCUGGAGAUGCAGAGUAACAGAUGGAGAACCUGACACAUCAAAGAACGGAAAAAUGGAUCUUGUAUACAUUUGGGAAGAAUGGCCAUUACUUAUUGAAGAUGGACUUCAUAGCAAUAGUAGUAUAACUGUCCCUGGUAGGCCUGUAGAAGUUAGCUGUGCACAUACAAAUCGGUUAGCAGUGGCGUACAAGCAGCCUGCAUCUAAUAGUAGGUCUUCUCAGGACUUCCUGAUGCACGUCAGUAUUUUUGAAUGUGAGUCUACAGGAGGUUCAUGUUGGGUCCUUGAACAGACGAUUCAUUUAGAUGAAUUGAAUACAGUGUUAGAUUCUGGUAUUAGUAUUGAUAGCAAUUUAGUGGCUUAUAAUAAGCAAGAGGUGUAUUUAUCCAGUAAAGAGAGUAUCACAUCAAACACAAAGCAUUUAGUUCACUUAGAUUGGAUGUCUAGGGAAGAUGGUUCUCAUAUCCUCACUGUAGGAAUUGGAUCAAAACUUUUUAUGUAUGGACCCCUGGCUGGCAAGGUACAAGAACAGGCUGGUAAGGAAAGCCUAGCCUUUCCUCUCUGGGAAAGCCCUAAAGCUGUGCCUCUCUCUAAAUUUGUCCUCUUAAGAAGUAUGGACUUGGUUUCUUCUGUGGAAGGCUCUCCACCUUUUCCUGUUUCUUUAUCAUGGGUCCGGGAUGGCAUCCUGGUGGUAGGAAUGGAUUGUGAAAUGCAUGUAUAUUCCCAGUGGCAGCCAUCUUCUAAACAGGAACCUGUUACAACAGAUUCGUACAACGGGAGCACUCCAUCUAUAAUAAGUUUAAUAAAACAGAGCACCUCAUCAAGUUCUGGAUUACAUCCUCCAAAGAAAACUCUGACUCGAUCCAUGACCAGUCUUGCACAGAAAAUCUGUGGAAAGAAAACUGCCUUCGAUCCUUCUGUGGAUACGGAAGAUUCAGGUCUUUUUGAAGCAGCUCAUGUUCUUUCCCCAACUUUACCUCAGUACCAUCCCUUGCAGCUUUUGGAACUCAUGGACCUUGGCAAGGUUCGGAGAGCAAAGGCCAUCUUGUCUCACCUUGUCAAGUGCAUCGCUGGGGAGGUUGUGGCGCUGAAUGAAGCUGAAUCCAGCCACGAGCGCCGCCUCCGGUCUCUCGCUAUCAGUGCUAGCGGAAGCACUACCAGGGACCCCCAGGCUUUCAACAAAAGUGAAAAUACGGACUACACGGAAAUAGAUUGUGUCCCUCCGGUUCCCUUAUACGCCUUACUUGCGGCAGACGACGACAGCUGCCACUCGUCUUUAGAGAAGUCUAGUAAUCCGAGUACCUUAAAUAACUCAAGCCAGUUGUCAAAAGAAAGCUAUGAUGAGCUUUUUCAGAUCCCAACAUUAAUGACUGAUCAUCAAGCGGUAGAGACAGAUGAGGAAACUGCCAAGCCCAGGGUCAUCGACCUUUCGCAGUACAGCCCAACUUACUUUGGUCCUGAGCAGGCUCAGGUUCUCUCUGGCCACUUACUUCAUUCCAGUCUACCGGGACUCAGCCGGAUGGAGCAGAUGUCUCUGAUGGCCUUAGCAGAUACAAUUGCAACUACCAGCACUGAUAUCGGGGAGAGCAGAGACAGAAGCCAAGGUGGAGAAACUCUUGAUGAAUGUGGCUUAAAAUUUCUUUUGGCUGUUCGACUUCAUACUUUCCUUACAACUUCCCUUCCAGCUUAUCGAGCUCAGCUCCUUCACCAAGGCCUGUCUACUAGUCAUUUUGCCUGGGCAUUUCACUCAGUAGCAGAAGAAGAGCUGCUGAACAUGUUGCCAGCCAUGCAGAGAGAUGAUCCCACUUGGUCUGAACUGAGAGCCAUGGGUGUGGGGUGGUGGGUCCGGAAUACACGCACCUUACGCAAGUGCAUAGAGAAGGUAGCCAAAGCAGCCUUUUAUAGAAAGAAUGAUCCUUUAGAUGCUGCCAUUUUUUACCUUGCAAUGAGAAAGAAAGCUGUGAUUUGGGGAUUAUAUAGAUCACAAAAAGACCCCAAGAUGACACAGUUUUUUGGACACAACUUUGAGGAUGAGAGAUGGCGUAGAGCAGCUUUAAAGAAUGCUUUUUCUUUGUUAGGCAAACAAAGAUUUGAACAUUCUGCAGCAUUUUUUCUUUUAGCUGGUUGCCUCAGAGAUGCAAUUGAGGUAUGUCUUGAGAAACUGAAUGACAUUCAAUUGGCUCUUGUAAUAGCAAGACUCUUUGAGUCUGAAUUUGAUACAUCUGCAACAUACAAAUCUAUUUUACGUAAAAAAGUUUUGGGGAUUGAUUCUCCUGUCAAUGAAUUCAGUUCACUGAACAUAAAUAUGCAUUAUGAUCCUUUUCUUCGGAGUAUGGCAUAUUGGAUUUUGGAAGAUUAUAGUGGUGCUCUGGAAACAUUAAUAAAGCAACCUGUCAGAGAGGAUGAUGAUCAAGUCAUGAUGUCAGCCUGUAAUCCUGCAGUUUUUAAUUUCUACAAUUAUCUAAGAACACAUCCUCUUUUGCUAAGACGUCAUUUUGGAUCAUCUGAUGUAUUGUCCACACACAUGAGUUUAACAGGAAAAAGCGGACUGGCAGGAACAAUUAAUUUAAGUGAAAGAAGAUUAUUUUUUACCACUGCCAGUGCUCAUUUGAAAGCUGGCUGCCCUAUGUUAGCUUUGGAAGUAUUAUCGAAGAUGCCAAAAGUUAUCAAGAAAACAAAACCUUUUUGCAGAACAUCUAGCUUUUUGGAUACUAGUCAAGACUGUUCUCCUUCUUCUCCAUUAAAAUUGGAUGCAAAGGAAGAUAAGUCUUCUGCUAUUGAUUGGUCACAGUCACUAAUGAAUGGUUUUGGGUCUUCUUCAGAAGGUUCCUCAGAGAAGCAGUCAAAUUCCACUCUUUCUUUUGACUGGAGCCAACCAAGUGUUGUAUUUCAGGAUGACUCUUUAGAAUUAAAAUGGGACAGUGAUAACGAUGAAGAAGAUGAGGAUCUCCCUAUUUCAAUGAAAGAACUAAAACCUUUACAGAGAAAAAUGGGGAAAAAAAUAGAUGAAACAAGUUCUAAUUACACAGAAUCUCUCAGCACCCUAGAUGAAAACGACAUUUUAAGUCCAUCAGAAGAUAUAAUUGCAGUUCAAUUAAAAUUUAGAGCAUGUUUAAAGAUUCUCACUGUAGAACUUCGUACAUUAUCUACUGGCUAUGAAAUAGAUGGUGGAAAGUUGCGUUACCAACUCUACCACUGGCUUGAAAAAGAGGUGAUAGCUCUUCAGAGGACUUGUGACUAUUGUUCAGAUGGUGAAGACUUACAGCAUGCAUUUGGUGAAAAUGGAGAUGAAUUUGGAUUAAAUGGAGAUGCUGAAGAUUUGCUUCAGCAAACGAAAGUGAAACAACUGAGAGAAAAUUUUCAGGAAAAAAGACAGUGGCUUUUGAAAUAUCAGUCACUCUUGAGGAUGUUUCUGAGUUACUGCAUACUUCAUGGGUCCCAUGGUGGCGGUCUUGCCUCUGUGAGAAUGGAAUUGAUUUUGCUUUUACAAGAAUCUCAGCAGGAAACCUCAGAACCAAUAUUUCCCAGCCCUCUGUCAGAGCAGACCUCGGUACCCCUCCUCUUUGCCUGUACAGCUAGUGCCAAGACAGUCGUUGCCAACCCGUUGCUGCACCUCAGUAACCUCACGCAUGAUAUUCUGCAUGCCAUCAUAAACUUGGAUUCACCACCCCAUCCUGACAUCCAGAGCAGCAAAGUAUAUGUAAUGCAUACUUUAGCAGCCUCACUUUCUGCUUGUAUUUAUCAGUGCCUUUGUGGUAGUCAUAACUACAGUUCAUUUCAAACAAAUCAGUUUACUGGAAUGAUGUAUCAGACAGUCCUGCUUCCCCAUCGACAUUCUUUGAAAACAGGAAGCUUAGAUGAAGCAAUAACUCCUAAUACAUCACCAGCACAAUGGCCAGGAAUCACUUCUCUGAUUCGACUUUUGAAUUCUUCUGGCGAGGAAGCCCAGUCAGGGCUUACAGUCUUGCUCUGUGAGAUUCUCACAGCAGUGUAUCUGAGUCUCUUCAUCCAUGGCUUGGCAACACAUUCUAGUAAUGAACUGUUUCGGAUCGUGGCCCAUCCCCUGAACGAAAAAAUGUGGUCUGCUGUGUUUGGUGGAGGUGCACAUGUUCCCAGCAAAGAACACACACACUCAAAAGCUUUACCUGUUUCUUCGCUUGUGGAAGAAGGAGAGAAACAGAACAAACGUUUUAGGCCAUCAAAAAUUUCUUGCAGAGAUUCUGCCCCACCGACCUCUUCCUCAUCAGUAAUCAACCAGGAGUCACUGACAGUCCAAGAGAAGUUCAUUCCACCAGAGCUCAGUAUCUGGGACUAUUUCAUAGCCAAGCCUUUUCUACCCCCUUCCCAAAGUAGAGCAGAAUAUGAUUCAGAGGAGAGUCUGGAAAGUGAUGACGAUGAUGAUGAUGUUUUAGCAUCAGAUUUCCAUCUCCAAGAACAUUCUAAUUCAAAUUCAUAUAGUUGGUCAUUGAUGCGCUUGGCAAUGGUGCAGUUAGUGCUCAACAAUUUGAAGACGUUCUAUCCCUUUGCAGGUCAUGAUCUUGCAGAGCUUCCAGUUAGCUCACCACUUUGUCAUGCUGUUCUAAAAACUCUUCAGUGUUGGGAGCAAGUUCUUCUCCGACGACUCGAAAUCCAUGGUGGGCCGCCUCAAAACUAUAUUGCAAGUCAUACCUCUGAAGAGAGUUUGUCUGCAGGUCCUGCAAUUCUCCGCCAUAAAGCUUUGCUGGAACCUACAAACACUCCUUUCAAAUCCAAACACCAUCUGGCACUGUCUGUGAAGAGACUUUGGCAGUACUUGGUGAAGCAGGAAGAAAUUCAGGAAACCUUUAUCAGAAAUAUAUUCACAAAGAAAAGAUGUCUUAAUGAGUCAUUAGAGGACAACUGUGAAACCAUCAAAAAUUCUAUGAUGGAGGAGCCAAACAUCAAUAAGAUAGAAGCAGACUUGGGAUAUCCUGGAGGUAAAGCAAGGAUUAUUCACAAGGAAUCUGACAUCAUUACUGCCUUUGCUGUUAAUAAAGCAAAUAGAAACUGCAUAGCAAUUGCUUCAAGCCAUGAUGUUCAAGAACUGGAUGUUUCUGGAAUUCUGGCUACACAGAUCUAUACUUGGGUAGAUGAUGAUGCUGAAAUGGAAAGCAAGGGAUCAGAAGAGUUCUUGGUUAUACAUGCUCGUGAUGAUUUAACAGCUGUGCAGGGUACAACCCCAUAUACACACAGCAAUCCCGGCACUCCAAUCAACAUGCCGUGGCUCGGCAGUACACAGACUGGCAGAGGAGCAUCUGUGAUGAUUAAGAAAGCCAUUAAUAAUGUCAGAAGAAUGACUUCUCAUCCAACUCUUCCUUACUAUCUGACAGGAGCUCAAGAUGGAAGUGUCAGAAUGUUUGAAUGGGGCCAUUCUCAACAAAUAACCUGUUUUCGAUCUGGUGGCAAUUCAAGAGUUACGAGAAUGAGAUUUAACUACCAAGGAAAUAAGUUUGGAAUAGUUGAUGCUGAUGGAUAUUUAAGUUUAUAUCAAACAAACUGGAAAUGUUGCCCAGUAACUGGAAGCAUGCCUAAGCCAUACCUGACUUGGCAGUGUCACAACAAAACAGCCAAUGAUUUUGUCUUUGUUAGUUCCUCCUCUUUGAUAGCUACAGCCGGUCUUUCAACUGACAAUAGGAACAUAUGUUUGUGGGAUACUCUUGUAGCACCUGCCAAUAGUUUAGUCCAUGCUUUUACAUGCCAUGAUAGUGGAGCUACUGUUUUAGCAUAUGCUCCAAAACAUCAGCUGCUAAUAUCAGGUGGCAGAAAAGGCUUUACAUGUGCAUUUGACCUUCGGCAACGACAGCAGAGGCAGCUUUUCCAGAGCCAUGAUUCUCCUGUUAAAGCCAUUGCUAUUGAUCCGACGGAAGAGUACUUUGUUACAGGAUCUGCUGAAGGCAACAUAAAGAUUUGGAGUCUGUCUACCUUUAAUCUUCUCCACACUUUUAUCAAUGAACAUGCCCGGCAGUCCAUUUUCAGAAAUAUUGGAACUGGAGUGAUGCAAAUUGAGACAGGACCAGCAAAUCACAUUUUUUCAUGUGGAGCUGAUGGAACAAUGAAAAUGAGGAUACUGCCGGAUCAGUUUAGCCCAUUAAAUGAAGUGUUGAAAAAUGAUGUGAAAUUUAUGCUAUAACAUUUUGACAAUAGAUGUAUAAUUUAUUCCCUGUUCCAUGGAAGUAGCCAACACAUAUAAUGUACAGUGAUCACUCUCUCUGCCACAGAUAAGCUAAUGCUUUCUUGUUUUCAUAUUUAUUUUAUGGAGCUUUGCCCUUGAUGCACUGAUGCCUUAAAAAUUAACAAGGUCAUUCAGAAUUAGACUAUAUUGCCUAAAGUAGACUGCAUAAAUAAUACUGUAAUAAUACAUAUUUAUAGUAUGUUAUAGUGAGUAUGUUAGUGUUAAAAGAGUUUUGUGUUCUUAUUGUUGAUAAACUCUUCUGCAGAUGUCUCUGUAUGAAUUUCUUUAACAGUAAAAAUACCCUUUCUAUAAAGGCAGUUGACAUCAGUCAUCACUUCAUUCACCACCCCCUUACUUCUUUUCUCAAACUGAUAGAUCUCAAACUCUUCUUCUGUUAGUUCAUGAUAGAUUGACAGUUGGGCAAGAAUAAAAAACAUAAUGAACAUCUUCAUGAAAAACUGUCACUGGGAAUUCAGUGAUUAGGACCCAAAUGGCUCAUUAGAUCAGGUUCCCCGUUUCCUGUCUGGAGCCCAAGUGUGUUUGUAUAUAUGUAAUAUAUCUUACACAUCUUAUUUGAGCUUAGUCUGUGUAUAUAUCAGAGAAAAUUACAAGUCUUUCCAUGAGUUUUUGUGCCAUAGCAACUCCUGCCACUAGAAUAACUUUUUUUGCGACUGUUUUUUUCCAUGUUUUUUUGUUCUUAAUUUUUGAAUUCCCAUCCUAAUUCUCAAAUAAUUUCAGGAAGACAUCUGAGAUUAUUAUUUUAAAUAUUAUCUUGAGUCAAAUAAGUCUUAGCAGGCAAUAACAAUUCUGUGUUGACAUAUAUGAGACACUUAAAAGUAAGUUUAUAAAAUUGUCAAAGGAUUUUAGGGCACCAAACAUUUUACUUACUUUUUUUUUUUUUAGGUGCUUUUAGUCUCAAAGUUCUGAACACCUUAUAGCAGUGUCUUUAGAAACAAAUGUGAAAACAAAUUAAAUAGAUAAUAUUUACACAUGUAAAAUACCUGCCAGAUCUACCAUUAAUAGAAAAUAAACUAAACCUUAUAUUUUAUUAUUUUUGCCAAAAUAUAUUAUUUUACUAUAAAAUAUGACCAAAAUAUUAAAAAUGCACAAUGCUUUUAACUUAAAUGUGCUAAUAACCCUAUUUCUGUCUGUUUUGUGCUAUAUCUUUUCUGAUUAAAAAUUAUAGGCCACUUGAUAAAUACUUGAUUUUAGCCAAGGAGACUGGAGGCAGAUGGGACUCAGUGUUUAAGGGACAAUUAUAUACUAUGUAGCUUAAAUAUAUUUUGUUAAUAGGAACUAUAAAAACAUUUUUAUGUGACAAAAUAUGAACAACUGUUAUCUUGGAAAUUAAAGAGUCAAAGUGAAGAAAUGAAGGGCUGGUAAAAUGAAUUUUGUAAUAUCCUCAGGAUACUUUUAUCUUAAAAGUAUAUUGUUAAAGAUUUUGUAAAUUGUAUUCAUAAUUUUAAAUGUGUUAAGCUAGUUGCAGUGAAAACACUGUCAUUGAUUAUGUAGAGAUUUCAUGUGCACAUAAUAACCUGUGUCGAUAACCGUGCGGUGACAGUAACCAUAUGUGACUGCUUGGCUCCAGAGACAUCCGUGGCAACGUUGCAAACGAUACUGCUGUGUGAUGUAGUUCAGCUUAAGUUAUUUUCCAGUAACUGCACAAAUCAAGAUUCAAAAGGCUUUAAACACUUUCAGUGAGAUAGAAAAUUUAUUAUGCUUAUUAGAAAAAAGACAUCAUGGAUGAACAAUGAAGCAUUUUAAUUGAGGGUUUAUAUGAGUAAUAAAUUAUGUAAGCCCAUAUGUAUUUACAUCAGAGUCAUAAUAUUUUAAAUAAACAAUCAUGCAGUGA